AUGGAGGUUCAUAAAAAAACUAUGACAGGCACUGUGAUGGAACAGCCCAAUGAGGUAUCAUUUGAGGAAAAAAGCGUUUAUGAGAGUGUAGUGGAGGAUUGGAAAACUCAAAUAGUUUCAAAUGAAGUUAGUGGCGAACAGAAACGAGUAGACCGUGAGGUCCAUGAGGGGUGUGUUCAUAUGUCAAUUGAGUAUCCUGCGAGAUCCACUUGGAUUUUGUCAGCAAUAUAUGGUAGUCCCAACAAAGCAGUCAGACGUGAUUUAUGGGAGGAAUUAUCUAUUUUUGCUAGGGGAAUUGAAACACCAUGGAUGCUAAUAGGCAAUUUUAAUGCUUUUUUCGUUGAGCAUGAGAAGGGACCAAAAUUCACUUGGCAAAGAGGGUUGGUGGCAGAAAGGAUUGAUAGGGCCAUCUGUAAUGUCGGAUGGAGGCUUCUAUUUCAGGAGGUGUCUGCAUGGUUGACUCCUGAGGGCUUUGGGAGUUUUGUUCAGCAGGCAUGGGACAAUUCGGAUAAUCUAGUUGCAGAUAUAGCAAACUUUACCAAUAGGGCUUGCCAACGGAAUAGGAGAGAGGAGGCUUUUUGGAUGCAGAAAGCGAAAACUGAUUGGAUUAAGUUUGGGGAUGCAAAUACCAAGUAUUUUCAUGUUCGGGUGGCUCGACGAAAAAAUAAACUAAAGAUAGUGAGGCUAAAAGAUGAGCAUGGGAAUUGGUGUGAGGAUCAGUCGACACUUCAAUCACAAGCAGUUGCAUUUUUUCAGAAGCUGUAUUCGAAAGAUAUUGGGCCACUGCCAUCCCAUCCUAUCAAAGGUGCAUUUCCUACACUUUGUGAUGAGGACUAUUUAAGGCUAGUAAGACCAGUAGAAAGUACAGAGGUGUAUGAUGCAUUAUUUGAAAUGAAGCCUCUGAAAGCUCUCGGGUUAGAUGGACUACGUGCGUUAUUUUUUCAAUCUCAAUGGGCAACAGUUGGCCAGAGUCUAGUCCAGUAUGUAUCACAUGUUAUGGAGGGUAGGGAUAUUGGUGAUAAUAUAUGCAGCUCACUUAUUGUUUUAAUCCCCAAAAUAUCUACCCCAUAA